CGUAACACGGCUAAGCAUAGAAUUUCCGAUUAUCUACCACUACUAGCUUAUAUUGCUGUACUAUCCUCAAACCGCCGUCUAUCCUACCAGUACUCUGUUGACACUGGAACGACUUGAAAGGGUGCUCCAAAACACUUAUCAGACUAUAUACCACCUGGUAAAGGCUUCAAUAUAUCCUAACAUUUGCGAACUUAUCUUUGCCUAUAAUGUCAGAGCCAGCCCCAGUUCCCAUGCCCUCAGUCACCCCGGUGUCCGUUGCGCCGGUAACUGCGUAUCACAGCCCAGAGACGACUGCGCACGAUAGCAGACCGCCUGACCACCUUUCCGAGUUCUACUCGCUUCUCCAGGGAAAUCAGAACCGUACGUCAGAGAGCUUCCCACGGACAGAUGCCUCAUUUGCCCCGCCCCUCGCGCGACGCGCCUCCAACACCACGUUCAGCAGUAUUGGGCCCUCGGUGAUGGACUUGCCGUCACUCAUCACGGCUUCAGAUGUGCUGCAGACAAAACAGUCGUUCCUGAACUUGGUCCGCCAGGCGGGGAAAUAUCGAGAGGCGCUCCUUCUAGUGUCCGAGGCCGCGAGCGGCUUUGCGCUGGCUCUCGAAGAUGCCGCGCGGUGCAAGGGCAGCGGUGCUGCGGCCGACGGCUUGUUGUCUGCCGGGGGCUUGCACUACCUCGUGGCCAACCACCAGCAGAUUCUUGCGCUCAGUAUCAAAUCGGCGUUUGAAGUGCCGGUGGAGAAGGAAAUCGAGGCGUUUGAGACGUCUAUUACGCGUGCCGAGGCGGAGUUCCGCACCACCAUCCGCGCAAAGAACCAGGCAUUGCGUGCGCGUGAGCGUGAGAACCUCCGCUUAUCGCGCAUGAAGAGCCGCAACUUGGCGCAGUACCGCACGACGCUCCAGGCACUCACGUUCCAGGUCGACGAGAUCGACCGCUUGAAGCACGACUACUACCUCUCGUCCUUUGAGAUUGUCCAGGCAGCAUCCGAACGCGUGUUAGACCGUGCGGGGUCUGUUGUGCGCGCGCAGGUUGAGAUAUAUGAAGGCAUUGCGCGCAAGGGCUGGUCCGGUGGCGGGCUUGAUGACUUGAUCGCGCAGUGCCCUGAUCCAUUCAACCCGGACGACGAAGACGAGGAAGCGCAUCUCAACGGCGAAACCACCCAGCUGUAUGUCUCGCUCAUCAACACGCCGUUAAACUCCCAGGAAGUGCCGCACGUGGACUCCUCCACCCCGACACCCACCCUCAAGGAGGAAAUGUUGGAGUCCUUAUCCCUUGCGGAUCCCAGAGAUGGGAACUCAGAUGGUAAACAAGAGUCUCUGGGGAAUGCGUCCAUAAAACUCUCUCGAAGGUCAUCAGAGGCGAGUAUAGAGGCGGAUGAUUCAUUCUCGUUGGCCUCGCCGCAUCUAAAUCGGUAAAUGUGUCAGAAAGAGCAUUUUAUUGCAGGAAAGGUUGGGACUAUGUAUUAACCAGUCCUUAAUGGUUUGAGUAGUUCUCUGGCGGUUGGUAUGGGUAUUUCUCUGAAUGUUUUCUUGAGCGUGCAAAUAUAUUGCUUUACUUACGGACUAUCUACCUCAGGGAGUUACCUCCGUAACUAAACUUUGGUUAACCCUUUCGCGUUAGAGUUUACAAUAUUCGCUAAUGGAUACAGCCAACCUAGCGACCGUUCCAAUGUU